AUCAGCUAAACUAUUAAUGAGUGCUGGCAGCAGUGAAGAAGAUAUAGAUGACAUUAUUGAUGAAAUCUGUAAUGACAGCAGCUUUGCCAAAACACCUCUGAAAUUGAAGUCUAACUCUGCAAGUCUCACACCUGAAAGCAAUAGUGCUGUUGUGCAGGCUCAUAGGAGAAGAUGCUGUCCAGUGUACUUGGGUGGAAGCUCUUCACCAUAUGGCAUAGGAACAAAUGUUUCAAAAAGAACAUGUGAUCAACUACGUUGUACUGCUUGCGACUUCCGUGUGUCACUUUUCAAUGACUACAUCUGGGAUCAGUCCUGUGAUUAUCUUUUUUUCAGGAAUAACAUGCCUGAGCUCAGUAAACUGAGAGCGAAGAUGAUAAAGAAGAAAGGAGCACGAGCAUAUGCUUGUCAGUGCAGCUGGAGAUCCAUUGAUGGAUUAACUGACCUCCAAACAGACCAGCAGCUUCGGUGGGUUUGUGGUAAACAUGCAGAAUGA